AACUCCAUCGCAUCUCAUCGCACGCCAUCAACCCAAACCACAAUUCCCAUCUUUUUGUCUCCCUCCGCUCCGCGUUUCGUUUCCUUCCAUUCCACACAGUAGGUGCCUUGCCAAGGAAGGUCGAGGAUGGCGGACUGCAAUGCCAACUCAUCGACGUCGGCGACCAUGGGAGAAGAGGUUUUCGUUGAGAAGAAGUACGGAGGAAUGGCACCUAAGAAGCCUCUGAUUUCAAAGGAUCACGAGCGCGCCUAUUUUGAUUCUGCAGACUGGGUCCUUGGCAAGCAAGCUGCAAACAGCACUGGCGCACGGGCUGCUAUCGAAUCCUUGAAGCCGAAGUUAAAGGUGAGUAUAGAGCAAUGCGCAUGCCAGCGCCGUGAUUUUCAUCUCAGCUGCUUGCACGUACGUUUUAUCAAGUUGUAUUGUUUGUGUGUUUCUUUUGCGUGCAGAGGACGGCCCAUCAGCAGCUUCCCCCUCGCAAGCCGACCUGCGCGUCCAGCUGAAUCUCAGUGGAAAGGGGUUGUCCCAUCUAUAUUUUAUAUAUACUGGGAGAUAUAUAUGAUGGUGAAGAGAGCAUGCAUUAUCAGAAGAAGAGGUGAAUUGAUUAGUUAUUACUUAUCAGAAGAAACCUGCAUGCAUCUGGCUUGUUGACAGCACUUGGUGUAUCCUUGAGCUCGUGGGGAUAGGUAGACUACUAGACAAGUAUUGUAUUGUAGCAGCUCCUAGGGGUGCAAAUUGGUGAUCCUUAUAUGCACCUCCAAUCUUUUUUAAUUUAAAAUUUGGUACUAAUUUUCCAAAAUGAGAUUCGAUUUUAGAGAAAUAGUACAAAAUUUUGAACUAAACAGAAUUUGAGGUGCACAUAAGGAUCACCAGCAGCUGCGCAGAUAUAUGCAGCUAGCUUAUUAGCAGAACGAAGCGAAUCUAGAAGAUGACAUCUGGUAUAAAGUAUGUUUGUUGUUGGCAGAUGAAUAUAUCAAGUAUCGCCAUAUA